UUCUCCUCUGCAAAGUCGCAACUCUUCGAAUUGGCUGAUUCUGAAUGGAAGGCUCUCUCCAGAAGAAUAAAUAAAUCCUGGAGAGCAUAAAAUCAAGAUCUAAAACGUAAGCCCACUUCUCACAGGUCUCAUACCCCGAUAUAGACAACCGUCUUCCAAGCGAUUGAAGAAUGGAGAGCAGAACGGAGAAAGAGAGCGCCGGUCGUCUACCGCUGUCGGAGGUGGUGGCGGAUUGUGUUAAGCGGUGGUUUACGGAAACAUUGAAGGAGGCUAGAGCAGGGGAUAUCAACAUGCAGGUUUUGCUGGCGCAGAUGUAUUGCAGUGGCUAUGGGGUUCCCAGAGAUGCUCAAAUGGGAAGAAUUUGGCUCACCAAAGCCUCAAGAACUAGGUCUUCAGUUUGGAAGGUCGGUGACAAGCAUCCAGGGUAUAAUGCAAGCGAUUCUGAUUCCGAUGAAUUGGAGGGUGAUUCUUGAGCAGAUUAAUCUCGAUUUAUGCCUAAAAAUAGGAGUGAGCUAUAUGCUAUCUACAACCUCUUGUGGCUUUUUCAGCACCUUUCUUAUCUUAAGAGAGAAAUCUUGAAACUCAUAUUGUUUGCUGUCUUACGUAGCCAGAUCAAAAUGUGCAUCUUAAAUUAGUGCCAUAAGAAUUCAUUCAUGUAUCUGACUCGGAGAACCCAAUGAACAAAUCAAAAGAGGCCUUCAAUUCUCAUUGAGCCAUUGGGCUUUGGAUGUCAAAGGAUGUACAAAUCUCCCUUGUAAUCCUGUAUCAGCGGUGUAAAACUCUAUGCAGAGUGCCAAAGGCUAAAACUACAUAAAAUGAUGAAACUGUGUAAUUUGUUUUAGUGCUGUGUCUUAAUCUCAAUUAAAUCUCCCUUUCAGCCUGUCGUGUUUGUAAACUAGGCUCCCUGGAUUUUCACAAGAGUACUUCCACAAUUUUUGCAGUUGGUU